AUCAGCGCGUUCGCUGAGGCGCUUCGCUUCUGUGUUUAUAAGCUUCGAGAGUCCGCCAACAUGAGCCCGGCAUCCAUCCAUCAAAACGGGCCGCAAACAUCGCAGGUUGGUGAUCGAUGAAUGAUUGAUGAGCCAGGCAGAUCAAAGAGGCCGGAUCAAAGCAAUGCCAGCCAACAUGUUCGGUGCACGUGUGUGUGUGUGUGUGUGUGUGUGUGUGUGCUGUGCAGGCCAACCCAGCCGAGAUCUUCCACGGCAUCUCUCACGUCAGCACCGACGUCAACAAUGCAUGGUACCCACUGUGCACUCACAAGGAAGUGCCCAAGAAGGGCGCCUGCAAACGCCCCCUGGCCACAAGAAUACUCGGGCAGCCCGUGGCCCUCUUUCGGGACGAGAGCAAUACGGUUCGAUGCUUCGCUGACCGCUGCCCGCACAAGAACGGUGAGCAGGAGAUGGGAGAUGCUUAUCCACUUGUAAGUGAGUGGCUGCAGUCGUGUGUUGUGUGUCUGUAUGUGUGGUGUGCAGCAAAGCUGUCGGUUGGGCGCGUCGUCAACGGAAAGCUCGAGUACCAUCGACAGACAAUCCAAUGCAACUUGAACACUCACUGUGAUCUGUCUGUUCUGUGCUGCUGUGGCUGCUGUGGCUGCUGGCAGGUGCUUCUAUCACGGCUGGCAGUUCGACAGCCACAGCGGGGCGGUGGACCACAUCCCCUUCUUGCUGCACGACAAGAGCAUCCCCGCCCAAGCUGUGACAAAGGCCUACCCAUGUGUCGAGAAAUACAACCUUGUGUGGGUGUGGCCAGGUGAGAUGACAGAACGAAACAAACAACAGCGCCGAGACGGCCACGGACGCAUCGGUAUUGCCCUGGCUGCAGGUGACGUCGAGAAGGCUGACGGCGGCCUCAUUCCGUUCUUUGAAGAUUUCACCGACAGGAAGAUGAUGUGGUCGGGCUGGUCCCUCGAGACGCCUAUUGAUCACAGCCUGUGGGUGGAGAACGUCCUCGACCACGCGCACGUCAACUUUGUCCAUGACGGACAGUUCACCUCGCGAGGGCUCGCUUGCCCACUCAAGCAAGUGGUGAGCCCAAGACGGCUGCACACACACAGACAAGACAGGACAACAGAGAAGGCAGCUGGGCUCUCCUCGAUGGAUCGGUGUGUCUGUGUGCGUGCCGUGCCGUGCUGAUGGAUGCAGGUCACUCCGACAAAGACGGGCAUCAAAGGAGUUCAGGUGCGUGAGUCCGAGAAGUUUGCCCAUGAAGGUCGGUCAAUGCACUCACACACAGACACACAGACAGGCCGACAGACAGACAGGGAGGAGAGGGGAGAAGGCGGAACGUCUGUGUCUGUGUGUGUGUGUGUGUGUGUGUGUGCGGGUGCAUUCAGCCACCAGUCUUGAGCUCGAGUGGGUGGCGCCAUGUCUGGGCAUCGUGAGGUUGGUCUUUGGCAGCCAAAUCGCCAACCUCUACAUCUUCGGCGUGCCUAUGGGUGUGCAUCAGCCACACCACACAGCACCGCACAGACAGCAUCACACAGCACAAGACAAUCACGAACACAAGAAGCCCCUCUCCUGUCCGUCUGAUGUCUUUCUGGUCUGUCAGCCCCUGGCAUGAGUCGGCUGCUGCUGUCGAGCUAUGCGAGUUCCGCGCUGAUGGGUGUGACGAUGGACCAUCUGCCGCUCCCCAGGGGCCUCAAGUACCUGCUGCAGAUGAACGUCCCGUCGCGCGACGCCAUCGCCAUGACUUCACAGAUGCGCAACAUGCGCGAGGGGUGCUCACCUUUGGAACUCCCCAUUGCGUGCGACGAGGUCAGUCACCAUAUCAUCGACACACACUUGUUCUGGCACACGAGUACGCACGGACGGCAACGGCAUCUCCUCCUUUGUCUGCGGUGUGUGUGUGUGUGUGUGUGCAGAUGGCUGUCAUAUACCGUCGGUGGCAUGCCAGGGCUUUCACUGACGACGUCUGGUGGAAGGGGUGAGUGGGGCGGGGCGACGGAUGAGGCCCACGACAACCCACCGAUACAAUGUGUGUGUGGCAUUCGUUAAUGCAGCUGGAACGGCACGCUUGACGUGGAGGAUCUGGCCAAGUCUGCCGGGCAGUCGUGCUUUGGCGCCGCCGCGUGCGGGGAGUUCGAACGAGACGGUGCGUAGUGCUCACAUCACCACACAGACAAUGAACAAUGACCAGUCACAGACGGCCAGACACAUGUAUGUAUACCUUGCUUCGUGUUGUCGCUGUCUGUCCAUCAGUCGCUCGUUCCUCUCUCUGGGCACCGAUGUGCGGAAAAGCCCUCGCCCAAAGAUUCGCAAAUCAGGUGAGAGAGUGAGGCAAACAGAUGACGUACACCCCACCAGCAGCCGAAGGAUGCCCACCCACACACGCUCCAUGCGUGUAUGUGCCAUUCACAUUUGUCUCUUUGUGUCUCUGUCUUAGCGUCACGAGUCCGACCCGUUCGCACAACCUCUGUGGAAGAAUGCUCUCAUGCUGGCGGCUGCAGGAGCGGUGGGUGCACUCGUCACCUUGCGAGUGGCAAAGCAGACCAGCUGAGAGGAAGAAGGCAGGCAAGGCAAGCGGUCGGGCGAUUUGUUCGCCGCCGUCGUUUUAUAUGUUUUGUGUCUUCUGGAUCGAUUGUGUCAUCAAAUGGUACGUGCGUCGUUUGCCACUUUGAACAGGCCGGCGCUUUUUCUGCCUUCUACAUCGAUCGUAUUCUCAAGUCUACGCGGCUUUUCACCCGCCUCUUUGAACAGACUGGACAUGUGAGAUGUGAGAUGUGAGAUGAGAAGACGAGAAUCCAGUCCGUCGCUUUAUCCAGUGUGCGCGUCUUUGUCCGUGAAGCUGCCUGAACAGUCAGUCACGCAGCGGGCGGGAUGCUAGAGAUGGAAGACAUACGCUCUCUCUUAUGUCAUGAGAGAACCCAUUUUUUUUUCCAGCGUGAAUGCCUUUCGUCCGUGUGUCUUGGUGUGAGUGUGCUGUUGCGCGUGACCCUCCCGUGUCGAUGACGAACAAGUCCGUAUGUUUGCUGCUGUUUGUGUGUGGUGAGACGAAGAUGGUCUGACGGGUGUCUGUAAGGAUGAUUGAAGGUCUGAUGGGUG